UGGCAGCCCUGGCAAAUACAUGAUGGCCGUUGCCACCGAAUAGUGUAACGCGUACAUGGUAUCGUCGUGUAACUGAAAAGUUUAUUAUUUUCAGUGGAGCAUCAUCGCGUCGCGCGUGCUCCGUGUGCGUUGUUUUCCUCUCGACGAGGUGCGGCGAAUCGUGCCGGAACGCGGGAUCACACAGAGCGAGGUCGCGCGUGAGCGUGAAAAUUCCCAGGAGAAAAACACGGGGUGGCAAAACCGCGUUCGCGUAGAACAAGAGUCGGCAAAAUCUUGUGCCAGAGUAAGAGCACAGCAGUGCGUCAGGCAACGACAAGCAUAUCUUUCUUAAGAGGAAACGAUUAUAUCUCAAGGUGAUUAUCGCGCGAGCGAAAGCGUAAUGUUGUGACAUUAUACCCUAGCCAUUGACAAACAUUCAAGAAUGUCUGUGAGUUACUUCCUGGAUCUGGGAUAGUGUGCUAACACGAUAAGAACUGUUACUCGCCGAAUGAUUUUCGACGGCUGUUCCCCGCGUCUUAUCCUGAACGUGUCAUGGACAAGCGUAGCAUUACUGCAUCUAUAAAUGGAUAAGAUCCUGUGGCAGAUGCCUUUUAAGUAUAAGUCAGGAUAUAUUCACGAUGCAAUUGCGCAGUUGUUCUUUAAUGGAUAAAGUAGUUCAGGAAGGAACUACUUUUUAUGCACAGCGAAACGAUGCCCGUGACGGCCACGAAUGGUUAAUGCUGGAGCAUCAUUAACUCGCAAAUACGCAAGCAUUUCAAAGAAUCAACACGGUCCUGCCUGAGCUUUGGAAGAAAUACGAAAUUAUAUGCAUGACAGGAACAGGAGACAUAGGUCGCAGACGUGUUGAGUGGCGCCGAAACGCAAAUAUUGCUUGCUGCAACUGUUAAAUAAUUUCGGAAAGAACAAAAUAAGCUGGAAAGGUGGCUAGACGCUGCCCAUAGUAAAGAGGGGCUGCGUGGGCAUGCAGCAGCCUCAGUCACGCCCUCUUCUUGGGGACUCAGUAUCCUCUACAACUUCCCCGAAUGCGCGUCACAAUAAUCCAGUUACUGUUUUGACCCAACAACAACUGCAACAAUUACAACAAUUACAAAAUAGCAGUGGCCAAUCGCUAACGUUUGCUUUGCAACAGACAUCGAACAAUCCACAAGAGCAAGGAAAUGGGUCGACAACUGGAAAUCACAUAGUCUACGUAAACCAGUUGAAUCAAUUAAAUCAGAGUACCAUAAAUCCCUCGGGGACUGGUAUGGGCCUACCCCCGGCCACCCCCACUUUUGGGGUGGGCCUUAAUAUGGGAUUGCCACUGUCACUUCUAAAUACCAGUCUUACGUCUCUCACUUCCAAUGUUAUCACCACAUCAAAUCCUCUGCUGAAUUUGGGCUUGCCAAGCAUAAAUACAGGGCUAACUACGAUAAAUCCUAGCCUGAAUCACUUAAAUGCUAUUAAUUCUAAUCUGACAUCCAAUAUUGGUUCAAAUAAUAUUAAUAACAGUUUGUCCAACUUGGGACAAGAUUUGAAUAGUAUAAACACGGGAGUAAAUACCGGAAUAAAUAGGCUCAAUACGAUAAAUUCUACAAAUAUUAAUUCUGGGCUAUCUGGAGUAAGCACCGGACUGACCGGUGUAAAUCCAAAUUUAACAAAUCUAAACUCAUCGAACGUAAAUCAGAAUCUUACUACAUUGAAUACCAAUUUAACCGCCGCAAAUUCCGGCGUGUCUGGUUUAUCUGCUAUUAAUCCAAAUACGAAUUUGACUGCUACCAGUAUAAAUUCUGGUGUGAAUCAAGGUCUCAACCGAUCCGCAAAUGCUCUGGCAACUGGUUUGACGCCAACUAGUUUGAAUUCUAGCAGUGCACAGUUUCCAUUCCAAACAAUACAAAGCAUCCAGACUAUUGCACCACACAUCGUUGCAUCGUCAAAUAUAGCACAUGUACCAAACUCGGCUAUAUCGCAACAUCCCAAUUCGAACAUCUCAACAAUUUCACAAAUCUCGAAUUCUGGGACUCUGACGAGUCCUAGCAUAUUCACGAGCACUCCCAGUGAAACGAUUCAUGCAACCACUGCAAAUGUGAAUCACGCUUCAAACGUGAAUCUCACUACGAACAUACCGCACCUUGGUACAAUGCACCCAAAUUUAUCAAAUAUAUCGACGUCGAAUGUACAACAUAUAUCCGUAUCGAAUGAACCGAUUAUGUCAUUGAGUCAUGUUUCUUCUUUAAGUUCCUCCCAGUCGACUGGAUUUCAACCACAGCGACAGUAUUCACAGGGGAUAAGCCCUGGAUUAAGUGCGUCAGUAGCAUUAACAGGCACAACACAACCGUCGAAUGUGGUCAGUACUAUGAAUACUGUUAAGACUAUGCAAAAUAUUCAAGGUCAAAACAUUAGCUCGCCGGGCAGUCCGUUUUCAAUACCCUUGAAAAGUCCAGCGUCUAAUAUAGCACCACCUACGCCAAGUCCUAGCCCUAACCGACUUUUACUUAGAAGUCCGGCUUCGAACUCGAUACAGUCCAAUCGGAAUAGUCCAAGCCCAGUCAGCACAUCAACAUCGAACAGUAACUUUAAUAUGCAGAUGCAAAGUCCCAUGCAGAGCCCGAUGAGCGUUAGCCAAAUACAGAGUCCUGUACUUAGCCCAUAUCCCCCCGCAAAAAGCCCUCAUCUAUUAAGCGGGAAUAAUUCUCUCAACAAUAGAAGCCCAGCACCUGGAGGUAGCCCUGGUCCACCUGUGGUUAGGCCUAAUACACCCAUAUUGCAGCAGGGAAUGCAGGUGUUACAAAUAAUUCAUGGUACACCACAGGGUUAUCAGUCUACUCCAACUCAGCUGAUGACUAGGACCCAAUUAUUUGGAAAUCAGCAAAUACAAAUAGCGGCGAGUAAGCCUACCAAACAACCGCCCCAAAUUCUACCAAAACCACCAAAUCAACAAACUACUACUUCUCAGCAAAAGUCACAGAGAGCUACCACUACAAUUACAAACCAGGUAACACAGCAGAGUCAACCACAAAUAGUUCUUGCUGGACCACAACCUAAUCCUACUACAGCGACAAUGAUUCCAACAGCACAGGGUUUGCUACUAAAUCAGGUAUUGCCGUCUACUGGACCUGUUAUUGUACAGCAACAACCAGGAAGCGUUCAACUUAUACUAAGGACACCACCAAGCGCGCAGCAACAAACGCAUACUACACAGUUGACACAACAACAACAAUUAGUAAGAGUGGUCACGGCAGGCAUGCAACUGCAGGGGAUUGCGCCCACAUUCUUUGCCGUACCCAAUGGAUUUCCUCCAGCUGCUUCUCCAGUGAUAAGGCAUACUCCAUCUAGUCCUGCACCAACUAAUUCAGGAACUGGCAAUUCCAUCGUAAUUCAGAAUGCUAUGGUACAAAGUCCUCAAUCGCAAAUCUCACAAGUUACAUCUGGUAAUACUACUGGCAAUGCUUCGUGCACUCAACCUGUCGCGGAACAAAAUCUGUUGCCGCCUCCUAAGAAAAAAGCGAAAAAGAAGAAGAAAGCUAAACGGAAAGAUGAUGAGCCAAAGUUAGAUCUCGCUCGUAUUAUAAAGAUAUCAGGUAUCGGGGAUGACGAUGAUAUCUUUGAUUCCGAGCUGACAACUGAAAGUGAGGUUCCUUGUCAAAUGCAGCAAAGCGAGGCUAAUUCUGGACAACCUCUGAGCCAACUUUCAUCUCAAGGAACAGUUCCUGUUAGCUCUGCUCAGAGUCUCCAAGUACCUGUAACAAAUACAACGAAUACGCAAGCUUCUGUAUCGCAAACACUCAAUAGUCAACUUGUCACCCAACUUCAGAUGCCUGUACAAAAUGCGAUAGCCGGACAAUUUCGAUUAUCAAUUGGAGAUGAUGGGAAAUUUAUCUUACAUCAUACCCCGGAACCCAAUCAACCUGAAAUAGAUUCAGCGACCGCGCAAGCUUUAAUACGAUCUCUGAGUCAAAAUAGUGGUCAAAAUUCACAGAUUAUCUCACAACUUUUGAGCCAAGCGCAAAGUACUCCGCAGUCUACUCAAAAUACGAUCCAGCGACAGAAAUAUGUCAAAUCACCUUUAUCCAGUGGAAAUCAAGUUUCAACCAAUACUAUUAGCUCUACAUGCUCGCAAAAUGUCAUUUGCACUACUAGUCCGCAUCAUGGCCAGAUAUGUUCGAAGCCAAUUAAUCAACAGAAGAAUAUUAAUAUUGUUCCUCAAGAAACUAAUUCGCUACCAAGUAUUUGCGUUCAAAGUAACAUUGGAUCUUUACAAUCGCUAGAAACUCAAACAUCAAAAAACGUUAAUGUACAAAAUCUGAUACAAGCUAAGAAUGUUCAAUCUACACUGUCACAAACAGGUAAUAACACCUCUCUGAAUACUCCGGAUAUUUUAUCCACAAAACCUACUAUAUUUGGCAUUCAAAGUCCUCGAAUGUCUAAUGCAAGCCAAACGAGUUCCAAUCAACAGAAUAUUUCUCUACAAAAAUCUAGUCAAGUUCGGCUCACGAAUGCUUGUAUAACUACGAAUGUACGACAAAAUUUGGGAAAACAAUCGAUACAACAGUCACAACAACAUAGCGUUCACGUGCAAAAAUCAUUACCCAGUAGUUCAAUAGUACAAAAUGAUCAUAUGUCUAAGACUAAUCAGAAUCUUCAGACGAAUCCACAAGAGACUCUAACAUUGCAGCAGGAGUCACCCCUGUUUCAACAUAAUCAACAAAUUACCGCGCAAACUGUACAAACUCAAAAUGUGCAACAAAUAUUUGAACAAAAUUUGCAGAGCUCAAACAUUCAUCAAAAUUCUAUGAACAUAUUGCAGCAACAGAGCUCUUGUAACACCAUGCAACAACAUGAUACCAUGAAUGUUUUACAUUCAAGUAUCCAACAAAAUACAAUUAAUGUAUUGCAACAAAAUACGGCUGGUAACGUUCAAAAUAUAGAACAAAAUUUGCAAUCAGGCAUGAAGGAUAUAACUCACGCGCAACAGAACGUCAUGACCAGUUUGCAACAACAGAAUACAUCUGCCGUUUUACAUAACGCGAGUGUCCAACAAAAUGUGAAUGUUCAGCAACAGAAGGUAGUGACAGCAAAUACUUUUUCUUCCGUUAAUGCACAUCACUUUGAAUCGCAGAAUUCGGCUAAUGUCGUGCAACAAGGAAUUAACACACAGCAAAAUAAUCAGAAUCAGAAUAUAUUGAUCACGACUGCUCCUACUACUAAUACAACCCAGCAGAACGAAUCUCAAAAGAUCGAAUCCCAAGGUGCGAAUAUACUAAAUUCAGCGGCGAACAACAUACUGAAUAACGCACCUAAAAUUACGCCUGAAAUUUUAAAUGCGUUAAGCAACUUGAAUCCUAACGAUCAGCUGCUAAUCGCAAAUGCGAAUGGCCAGAUGCAGGUGAUUAGUCAGCAACUCUUGCAACAAUUUUUGGCUGGACAGUUAAACGCGACGAAUCAAACGCAAAAUCAAAAUCAAACUCAGAAGAUAGUAAUCGGCGAGCCAGAUGCGAAUAAUCAGAAUUUGCAAGGUGUUCAGAUUAACACUCCAACAAGCCAAAUAAUAGUAAAUAGUUCUGGUGGAGCUCCAACGAUCCAAAAUAAUAUUCAAAACAUAGUGGUACAGGCUGCACCUUCUCAGAUGCCGCAACACAUACAAAUUCAAAAUUCGAACUUUCCUAGUCAAUUUAUUGACAACCUGAAUCAGCAACAAAUUAGGAACUUGGGUAACAAUCAACCAAAGAAGACAAAAAUCGUGAAAAAGACGAAAGUUGCCGUCACUGCUCAAAGCAUUGUAAACUCACAGACAAAGACAGUAACCGUCAUGCGACCAACAAUGGUUACGGCGAAUACGUCCAAUUUACAAAAAAUUGACAAUUCUAAAACAACCACGACUAUAUCCAGUACAAAUCCUACUAAGAGCGAGCCGACUCACAUUAUCGCCAAUGGCCCAUUGAUUUCAUCUUCUACAGCCAGUCACAUGUCAGUUCCCUCAAAUGGUCAAAUGAUACAAAGAGUACAAACCAUUCAGCUUCCUGCUCAAAUGCAGCAAACGCUGAAAGGCAUUCAGUCUCAAAUCCAAGCUAUUUUAUCAAAUUCUCGAAAAUCGCCUCACGAUCAGGCGACAUUGGCGAAGUUAUACCAGGAGCAAACAAAAAUAUUAGCCAGUGGAAAGGUUGUUAGCACUACUACUCAUUCUGUCAAUAACACCGCCGAGACAACGUUCAGUGUAAAUGUAGUUUCAACAGUUGCGAAUAUACAUUCACAAAAUUCAUUUAAGAACCAAACAUCAGCGACGCAAACGCAGACACAAACUUCCACUGCUUCUAUGCCGAUAACAUCUCAAACUCUAAGUCCGACCACAUCUGUAGCAAUGCCGAGUAGUUCGAAUAACAGUUUCAUUAAUAAUAUCACGGUACCGCAAAGUGUGCAAGCGCAACAACCGACUAUAUCGAAUGCUGCGACACAGAGCAUUCAUCAGACGCACAUUAAACAGCAUAAGUUUUACCAAAACCACGGGACUCAGAUACUGAAUCCGUCCUCCGCGAACAUACAAAUCUUCUCACCGCCAAUUACCUCCGUAGCAGCUUCGCAAGUACAGAGCAAUGUACAACAAUUGACCCAAGUUCAAACGCAGCAACAAUCGGGCGUGCAGUGUCAACAACAAUCAACGCAGUGUCAAACAGAUCCAUUGGACUUCAAGCCAGCUAUACAGGCACCAAGUCCCGUGAAACAAGAGCUUUCCUCCCCUAUUCAAGUUCAAGUUCAAAGUGGCUCUCCUGCGAAUCAAGUAACCUCGCCUAGAAUGAUAAGUAAGGGGACGCAAAGGAUUCAAAGUCCUGUAAACAACAACGGAAGUACAAUAAAACAACUCGUCAGCCCUAAUGGCAACUCUAAUCCUUUGAUAAGUCCGAGGCAAGGUGUGAAAAGGCGCGCGACUAGCCCGAUUUGUAGGCAGAUGAAUCGUAGCGAAUUAGUGGAGCAACAGUUAAAAAUCGAUCAAAAUGGUGCAACAAAUCCAGAUAUGAAUACGCCAUUCUCAAGCAAACGCGAUGCGUGCAAACGUCUGGUCAGAUAUCAUUGUUUGAAUGAGCAAGUAUUAGGACCUAAGGAUCUGACAAAAGCAGACGAAAUAUUCGAGGAGACAGCGAAACAUUUAUUGAGCAAAUUCAGUUCUAUGAUAAACAAAUACACGUAUCUUCUCCUAAUGGAAAGCAUGCGCGAAGUAAGGACGUCGGAAUUGAUGAUGAUCGACAGGACUAUUGUAGCCGAAGAACAAAGUAUUCUCAACAGGUUACGAGAACAAGAAGCAAAACUCAAUGAAGAGUUUAAGAAGGAAGAGAAACCGUUGGUGCCAAAAGUUGAACCUGGCCUUGUGGAAGAGAGCAAAGCAACAUUAACAACAUCCCCACCUUUAGUAAACGUAUCUGUAAAACGCGAACUAGAGGAUGAUUUCCCAAGCGAAGAAAUGGAAUGCAAACCAGUGAUCAAAACGACGAAUAGUACCAGUGGCGAUUACGACGAGUGGCUGGAAAUCCAGAAAGAACUGGGUGUAUAUCCAUCUACUACAGAUACUUUAAAGUGUAAAAACGGCAAUAACAGUGGUAAUAGUGCAUGUGCUGUUACGAGAGCAUCAAAAAUUGAAAGAACACGAGCAAAUGGCGAGUGUCUUCGUACGAAUGUUGCAAAUACAAAUGUACCCGGUGUCUCAAACACGACUAUGAAAGAUGAUUGCGAGCAAGACAUAAAUACUUUCGAUAGGCGUUGGAGUAGUGCCACUGAUCUCGAACGAGAUUUGUCGGAGGAUACCGACUUGGAUGGAUUAGCUUUGCAUUCGCAGACGCAAUGUCCAAGUAGUACCGCCCUUGUAACGACUAGCGAAAGUGGAAACGUCGGUAACGAACAUGAUGAGAUCAACGCACAAGUACAGUCCGCCAUUGACAGCAUCCUUAAUCUUAAGAAACGUCCCACGAACACACUGUCAGGCAGUAGUAGCGGUAGUUCGUCAUCGCAAUCCGACACGAAAGACACUGCGCUGGACCAAGCAGUCCGCAGCAUUUUAGGCUCGUGACCCUCCUUUAAUAAAGUAUGUUAAGAAGUGAAAGUUGAUAGUUGAAUCAAGCUAAUCAUACGUCUUGAAAAUUUUAAAGGAAACUUAAAGUGAUAGUAAGUCGAUUUUUCAUUGUGUUUUUGUGGAUGUCACAUUGAGAUCUAUUCAUUUUAUGAGAACUAUAUUUUAGUAUUGAUAACGCAACAGUCGGGAAUGGACUGUUUUCAAUACUGCAUAUCUUGAAGCACACGGAUCGUUACUAAAUUAUUUGUAUAAAUCAUACGUGACCUUAUUAUUUUAUUUAUACAUUACACAGCAGAGGCAAACUGGAUCACGCAUACAUGUUUUGCGGUACAAUGUUUUUAAUUUGUCAAAGAUUCUGUUUUACAAUGGCAAUAAUUAUUCAUAAUAUACAAACAUGUAUACUUUUCCAGUAGUCUAGCUGUAAUAAAGCCACCGCGUAAAUCUAAUUCUAGCAGCUGUACAUGUGAAUAGACUAGAUAGAUAACUCGCUCAGAUUUUUCAAUAUGGCACUUUGUAAUGUAAUUUUGUAAAAAGUAAUUAUUUAAAGCAACUUAUUCCACUUUAUCUGUAGUACUUGUAGAGGAAUCUUAUUGAUACUUAAAAAAAAUGGGUCGGUGAAUAUUGUACAUACGUUUUUAAGGUGUAUUAUUAAUAUUAUUAUUACGAUUAUUAUUUGUAUUAUUGUUAUUGAGAUUUAUUCUCAGAAUUAUUAUUAUAUUACCAUCAUUAUGAUUAACAUCAUCAUCAUUGAAAUCGACGAUGAAUAUAUGGAAAGAGCAAAGAGAAAGUAAUAGUGUAAGAGACUGAUAUGUAAAAUCAUGGAAAAACGCGGAAUGUAAUUUAAUACAAGAUACAGGCGGUUCGUUACUACCAAUAUGAUGCUAUGUGAAAAGAGAUCAUAAAGAGAUCGUAUGUCGAAAUUUUUUUCGUAAGAUUAUAUUUCUCAGAAAUGAUUCUUGAUAAAAAUUGUAGACAUUUUCUUUAUAAAUUUACUUUUCUCAAAUUGAUUGUGCUAUAUCAGCGUAACAGAUCGCCUUGUACAUGGAAAAGAAAGAGAAUACAUAAUGUUUAUGCGUGUUAUACUUUGGAUUCAUUUCUAUUUCAUAUAUAGUCUCAAUGUUAAGACGCAAAAUCAAAGAGACAAACUGUUUCUAAAUAAUGUAUAGGAUUUUAUGACUUUCUUUUUUUAGCAUCACAUACAGAUUCACAAUACAUAUGUGAGUAAUCGAUGGAUGCGUGUUGGAGAGUGCAUGUGUGGAAAAAGGAUAAUCACAUAAUCGAUAAAGCAUUUGAGGAUUUCUCUAUAAUUACCAAAAUUGAUCAACAUACAUUCCUAUGUCAAAAUGUAUGGUUUUAUUUUUAAUUUUAUUGUAACAAACGUACGCGCUAUUUUACACGAAUAUUCGAACUAAAAUUAAGGAACAAUAGAUAUCUGGAAUUCUUUUUCGGUUUUAACAAAUUGAUGCUUUUGUAAAACGCGAUAAUGAUAUCUCUGUCUAAGAUGAAGUUUUAUUAUGUGAACUUGAUCACGUAUUCUUUUUCUACAUAUAUCUAGAAUGACUCUCUAGAGACAGCGAAAACAAUGCGUUUUCUGGCAAAAGCAAUCCAAGACUGACGUAUAUACAGAAAAAAAAUCAAGCAAAA